UUCUCAGGAGUAAAUUCUAUGUGUCGUGUUGGAGUAUCAUAGCAUGGAUUGUGGCCAUGGAUGCGAUAGUAGCCAAGGUAAAGUUGAUGCGAUUGGGUAAAUUAAAUGGAGAUAGAUGCAUUUUAUGCCAUGCCAAUAGUGAGAACUGGGAUCAUUUUAUUUUUCGAAUGUUGUUUCUCGAGGAGUAUUGUUAGCAGAGUUGAUAAUUUUUUCAAUAGCAGCUCUUGGGAUCUCCGACUCUCAUAUGCAGGUGGGUUGCAAAGCAAAACACGGCUCUAGGGAGACUUAUUGGAUCUCUAUGGUGCUCCUUGGUUAGCUUUGUCUGGCAGGAAAAGGUGUCGAAAGCUCCAUGGAGAGGUCCCAAGAACGACCGAGUUGGUGACGGAGUUAUGGUUGCGAGAUUUUCGCUUUUUGUUUCCUCUAAUCCAGGUUUAGAGGAGGGGAGAGUUUGUGUCCCUCCAGAAGCAUUACAAUAAAAUAAAAUAAAAUAAAUUAGAAACUGAAAUAGAACCCAACAAAUUUAAAGCCUAGAGGAAAUGUUCAAAUCCGUGCGACAGAUUUAAAGCUCAACAUAAAUGUUUAAACGAAGCAUUCCAAUUAAAGAUGGAAAUUGUGACAUUGCACCCAGGAUAGACAUACAUACUUUAGUCGUAACAAAAGUAGUGAACGUGCAAUAGCUAAAUGGCAACCGGUGUAUUUAACCCUUUGCUAACACGGGUGAUUUACCUAAAUAUUUUAAAAGUAAAAAAUAAUACCACAUAUAUAUUAGUAAAAUAUAUAUAUAUAUAUAUACACACAAGAAUUGUGAUGGGGAGGCAAAAAAUGUGCGACCACGCUCAUACUGAAUGAAAGUAGGGUAUAUUAGAUAAGCAUGCAAGGCGUCGCACGAACGUAGCGAAAUAGAGCACGAGCAGAACAAAAUACAAAAAUCCACAUCCCACAUUCUCCCCUCUUCUCCCUCUACGACAACAAAAGGCGACAUCAACAACGAAGGCAACAAUCUCUCACAUAUGACCACCGCUCACUCUUCCGGCCGUGAUUCCAGUGACGAGGAGGAAGUUGUCCUCGGAUGAUCUAUUUGGUGCUAGAGGUAGACGAAGAAGAAAGAAUGUGUGGUGCCGCACAUACUAAGAAAUUAUUUCGCUUAGCUGGAAUGGCGUUACAUGAGCUGAGCUAAAUUUAUUUACUUUUCGCUCAACUCGCGCGAUGUCGCAUGAGUUGAGCUAAAUUUAUUUACUUUUCGCUCAGCUCGCGAAUGAUCGCAUAUUUUCGCCUCCAAAUCAUAAUAUCCUUGUAAAUACUUUUUGAUUCGGGCCUAAUUGCACAUGUUUUGCCCCGUUUUACUUAGAUGUUUGUGCCAAAUUCGCUCCUUAAAGGUCAGUUUUACGCUAGGUUCUUCGUGUAUGAGUGUGUUUCAGGAUUUAACAGGUGAAACCAGCCUUAGAGUCGAAAGAUUGGCGAAAAGGAUCGAAAACAGGGAGAAGAGGUGAAAAAGCGCCAGUUCACGGUUAACUAAAGGAGUUCACGGUCAUGCAAGACCGUGAAGAAGGAGACUUGACCGUGAAUCGCGAGGCGUUCAGAGCCAAUGUGAAGGUUACUGACGCAAGGGGACUUCACGGUCACUAAGACGGUGAACACAAGCAAUUGCCCGUGAACUGACGUGAGCGAUGCAGAGCAUUUUGGUGCACGCCUUGAGUUCACAGACGCGUUUGAUGGUUCACGGCCGUGAACUCAGCUCUUCUCGGAUUUAAAAGCUGAGCUGCAAAGAGGAGAGAGGGGAGAGCCCACUUUUGUGAGAAACACCUUCUUCAGCAUUCUAGUGAGAGAAACAGAACCAAAGGGAAGAAGAAGGUUAGGAUUUGGCUUCAAGGCAGAUUUUUGGGUAGAUUUCCCCGAGGAAAGCUCAACUCUAGGGUCAAGAAGAGAGGAGGCAUCCCCAAAGAUGGUUUCCACCUUUUUCCCUUUUGUUCUUCCCACUUCUACCAUGGAGUAGACCUCCUUUCACUUGGGUGUAGUGAAACCCUAACUCUACCAUGUAGUUUUCUUGUAUGUGGUUUGGAUGAUUGUUAUUGGGUAUUGUUCAAUUCGAUGUUUGAGGCAUUAUUCACCAUGAUUGUGUAUGCUUGUUCUUAGCAACUUAGGCGUUGUGCAUGUUUUGUGCUUAGCAUCCUAGGGAUUGUGUAUAAUUGUGCUUAGCACCCCUAAGUUUGUGCAUUUAGGUGCUAGUAAUCUAAUUUGCCACCUUAGCCUAGUUUAGAGAGGAAAAUCCCCCUUUUAAGGGAGACUCAAUCGAGUUGGUUUUCCUUCUGCUUUCUAAGCCACCUAAACUAGGCUGAGUUAAGGCAACCCUCAAUUUUGAAUUAAACAAGUCGAUUAAUCGUGGUUAAACUGGCCGACCUUCGAGUUGAGUGAGGAAGUAAGCAGAUUACCGUUGUCUAAACCGAGAGGGUCGAGUGACAUGGCCUUUCAUCCUCACCUCAGUUUAGCAAUUGAGACUGUGGUCGGAGACCACAUACGCUUUCCUUUGCGGUUCACGAUUAACGUGCCCAAGGCAAUCGUUCCAAUCCACAUAGCAUGGUAGUGGUUAGGGGGAAGCGAAACCCGAGUGACUUUCCCACAAAAGAGUUUUCAAACCCAAUCACCUUUGUUUUCUUUUACUUCAAUUAGCAAACCUUUUAAAACAAAGUUUAGUUGCUAGAUAAUGAUUUCAACAAUGGAAGUAGGGAUAGACGGAACGGUCCGGGUCGAUAUCUAAAUACUUGCCCUAUACUGCAUCCGAUUAGAGUUUGAAAACUUGAGCUCUAAUUGGGGUUUAAUUGUGGUGUAGUUUCGUGCGAGUCACUUUUUUACAUAAAUAGUAAUAUUUUUUUUUAUUUUAAAUAAUUAUGUAAAUCACCGUACUGACAUGGGAAAGCAAGCAAGUGGUAUCUUUGAUCAAAGAUCUUGCUGUGUUGAAUUUGGUCAAUGCCCUUUAUCAUAUUCAUUUCAACUUUACAUCAAACCUUUGCAUUGAUGCUUAUGGUAGCAGCCUUUAUUCCCUCCAAUAAUGACCAGCAAUUCGACUCGUAAAUGACCCAAUAAUUGCGCGCCGGAAAAGUUGAUUGCUUCAUGUUCACAUGAUACCCCACCCUUUUGUUCUCUCUUAUAUUAGGGAACUUAAGCUUAUAGUGGAAAAUGGUAAAACAUAAUUUUUGGCCUCCCUCACAACUCCAAGUGACCCGUUUUACGACGGGAUCGGUACUCUUGCUAAAUUUCCUAGGGGUUUGAUGUGAUCUUCAACUCUGCUUGGUGUAUUCGUGAAGAUGCACGAGGCAGGACCGCGUUUCAAAGUUUUCUACGGAGUCUUGAGGAUCGUGCGGUGUAAGAAGUAAGCUCUGGAACAUGUUGGGUUCUGCUCUGCUCAACUGCCAAAACCGGGUUUCUUCUUCUCAUACAAUAUAUCCCGCCAUCUGUUCAUUGCCCGACAUUAGUAAUUUGUUGAUGCCAUAAUCAGUACCACCAAAACAUUAGCCUUCUGCGUCAUAUGAAUGAUAUUGGACUAUUGGUCGAUGAUGGUUCUGCAGUCAAUUCCUACAUUGAUAUAGUACAACCCCACGCUAUUAUGACUCCACAAGGCAUCACCAUAAUCAGUAAAACAUGGUCGGCCAUAAAGACAGUCUAUCCCGGAAAAAAGUUACAGAAAGACCACAGAAGAAGAACAGACAAGGACAUGGAUGAUUGAUUUCAAGCAUGCCCACUGCAGUGACAGCAGCACUCCCACAUGCCAAUGAACAGAGAGAAACACAAAGGACAGAAACAGUAGUCUGUAGUCUGAAGAUGGAGUAAAUAGUUUCAUUAGGGUAACUGGAAGGGAAAGGAUAAGAUAAAAAGACUACUGCUAAAAUUACUACUUGCUGCUACCACAAAGUAGUUAGUGCCCUCUCUAGAUAUACAACAACCAGACAAUGGGGAAUUCUUGUUUUCUUACAUAAUGAACAUCUAAAGAAGGAAGAAAGGAGAGAAAGAAGAGGUUCUCUUCUUCUCACUUCUCUCGAGUCUCCCAAGUCCCAACCCUACAUCCAAAGUCCAGAGACAACAAUUACAACGACCAGCCAUCCCACAACCCACUCAAAUAAAGGAAUCACAUUCCCCUCUCUUACCUUUUUUUUUUGGGGUUUUUCAAAAGGAUCAAAGAUUGGAAAAGAAACAACAAAAAGAAAAGAAAAAGAAAACCCUAAUACGGUGGGGUUUGCUGCUCUAGAUGAUGAUUCUCUUCUCUUCUUCCCACCUCUAACAGUUUGAGUUGUCUCCCUUCUACAACAAAAUAUCAUAUGCUGCUAGUGCUCUGGCAAAAUCUCAUCCACACAUCAAACCACUGCCCACUUUCAAACCCUUCUUCCUCAUCUGUUUUUACUUAGAACCCAGAUACCAGGAGAAGCCCAGAUACCCAGAGGGUCAAAGUGGAUGAGGCAAAGAUGAACAAGUUUGUAACUUUCCUGGAAUCCACACCACUGCUAUCACCAAUGCCAGUUCCACUCCCAGUUGGACCUAACCCUGUCCCAAAUACUGAUGGUGUUGUUCCAGUAGUUAUUCCUGUUCCAGUGUUUGAGCCCGUGCCUGUUCCAGUUCCGGUGCCGGUGGGAGUACCCAUGCCUGUGCCUGUUCCUGGAGUAGUUGAUCCUGGGUUUGUUGUUGGUGAUGUUCCAGCAUUGCUGCAAAAGUCCACAGAAGGAGAGAAAGGGAAGAACCCUAAUGUCAAAAAUGAGAACUUAACUAGGAAAGCCAGACGCUUUGCUGCUAAAUCCAAACACAAACCUAAAAGGGGGUCAUGGGAUUACUAGAAAAGAAAUAUGUUCCACAUUCAUGGAUCCCUAGUGUAGCAUGUGGAGAACAGAUGUCAAACAGAAGGAUAAUGGCCUAAUGGGGAAAGGAAAAGAGGACGAGCUUAUGAUACAUCAGCAUCAUGACAACUCAUGUUUUCUCAACCCAAGCGGGAGAGAGAGAGAGGGAGAGAGGACAAUGAAUUGAUAUAGUGUCC